CAAUGAAGAUGGGCAGUCACAUUCUGAUGCAGAUACGUGUAUUUUUUAAACAAAAAUGAAGUUGAAAACCGAAGUGCUAGCAUCAUCUAGCAUUAAAAGGAAAAAGCCCUGGCCAAAGAUUGUCUGGAUUGGUGAGGAGUAUGAAAGCCUCCUUCUUUUGGAUGAGGAUAAUCAUCGGAUCAGUGUUCUGUACGUUCCAUCUGGAAAGACCAAGAAGAGAAUCACCAAGUUAUCUCCCCUUAUAUUGAAUACUGUUACAGUGCAAGCCACAAAAAAUGGUCAUUAUCUGAUAGGAUUACAAAGUAAUGGAGAACUGUUUGUGUGGUUUAAAGACAAAGAUAUUUUAAAGACCAUCCCUGGUUUAGAAGGCAUUGUUUCAUUGAAUGAUUUAAGAAAAGAAAAAGUUAGUCUUCAUGGCUCAAAUGAUUGCCGUAACAUUCUCCUCACUGUCGGGUCGGACCAAGUUUAUGUGUGGGUCAUGCAGACGGGUCAGACCUUCCUCCACUCCAAUGUACCAGAGGUCAAAGGUCACUGGAACCGAAUCAACGUACCACAUGACAUACAGAUGCCCCCCGCCACAGAGUGUAGGGAACUGAGUGUGGAGGCUGUCUUCUUCUCUCAUCAGAGCCUAGGCCAUUGCUGCCAGUGUUCGUUUGUCUACAAUAAUGGCAGCGACGUAUGUAUCGUCACCCUCUUGCUGCGAUUUACAAGGAUCGAUGCCAGCCACGAUGGAUCUCCAUCAUUCCAUGUGGAGUGGAAUGUCAUCAAGUACCCCUUCAAACACAUCAAUUCUCGAUUCCAGCCUUUGUCAUCUAGAGGGGCUAUUGUGACUAAUUAUAUUAGAAGUGGGCAGAUUGUGGCGGUAGCCAUGAACCAGAACAGACCAGCUCUAACCAGUCUUUUGUUUGUUUCACCUCUCACUGACACUGUUCUUGUGUCCAGCCUUAAAGGUUGUGGGGUCAAGGACAAAAGGUCACUUAGAGGAAGAAAUUACUGGGUGGCAGAUAUGGCGUGGACAGCAGAUGAUUUGUUCCUGGUCUGUAUAAUGAAGAGUGGGUCAGUUUGUGUGGUCAGCCGACUAGGAGAACCACUGAUCCUCAACAUUCAGGGCCAGGGACUCAAUCUGGGACCUUCAUACUAUCUCCCUCUGCAUCCCUUACAGAUUAUCAGCACUGGUGAAGAAGGGAAGGUGUUUUCUGUUGAUGGUAGGCCAGUCUCUCCAAGUUCCACCAUAUCUGAGGCGGAUCACAUGCGCCAGCGAUUUUCUGUCACCACUCAUCCUGGAUUACCCAUAAUUCUGUUCUCUGAUGGCUUCAUGGUCACGGUACUCCAGAUCGGUGCAGAGGUCACGUGUUUGUCACUAAUGAGGGACCUGAUUCUACUGUCAUCUCAUCACAUGCAGAAAAUAAUGGAACAGGAGAACAUGGACCACUCUGUUGUCACGGCUUACAAUCUUCCUAACCACUCAGGUACAAAGCAAGGCAGAUUACCUUUGUCAAAGAAAAAACUUUUUCGGUUUGAAGAACCGGAUACCACACUGAACGGCACACUGGACAGUGAGGAUACCAGUUUACUGGAACCAGAAAAUCGGGGAUUUGAUGCCCUCAGUCACGGCAAGAUCUUAUUUGCUGAGUGUGAUGAUGGUGUGAUCGAUUUAGACAACACAGCUGGAAUGACAAAUAUUGAGGCCAUUGCCAGGCAUUUUGAAGUGGCAGAAAAUUCUCUCUUCACUUGUUGGAAGUUGGCAGUUUCCUUCACUGAUAUUUGGAAUACAGAGACAGAUACAACAACCAAAUAUGUCACCCAUAAUUUUGUAAAACUUUUCUCCAUCAUUCUUGAUUUUCCAAACAUGGAAGACAUUCUCUCCCUUCAACAGUUAAAGCCCUCCACAGCUCAAAAUCCAAGACUCUUCUUCAUCGUCAACACUUUUAAGAAGAUAAUGGAACUUUUAAGAUUUGACAUUAUCAAUCAGCAUCUGAUGCCUCCUGCUUUAAAAUUUGUUCACCAUACUUUAGAACUUGUCCUUAACAACAGAGAACUAGAUGCCUCUGACCCAAGAAUCAAAACCCUGUCCGGCUGCUAUGCCCUCUUGAAAUUUUCAGAAUCAAUUUUGAACAGAGUGUAUGUAUGGGUGCCCAAGUCCUCUUCUGCCUACACAGGUUUACCUUUAGAGGUCAGAGGUCAACAGAGACAUGCCUUUGAACCAGCCAUUUUGAUGAAGGCUCAUCUGUCACCAAGAUCUGUUGCAAGGGAGAUAAUUUACACUGAUCCAAGAACUCUUGGUUUGGACCAGCAAGCUCAGCUCCCAGGAAAGAGACUGUGUGGGACGUGGAAGCUGCUGUAUCGCGGUUUGCUGCAGUUUCAGUCUGAUCUCCAGCAACACGGUGGUGCUCAGAGAGAUGUGGAGCAGCUACGCAGUCUCCUAUUUGCUGUGGAGCAGAUCAUUCAUCAGAUAAAUGGCAGCGCUCCACCCGAUAAAUCGGCAACUCCUAAAUUACCACAAGGAUUUCCUGGAGGACAACUUUAUUUAAACUGUUGUCAGGAGGAGUACAUGAUUCUUUGUUGGGAGAAACUUAGUGUAGAUGGCAUGCAUACCAGAGCAGUGGAUGCUUGGAAGCAAGAAAUACAGAAUAUGACCGAUAAAGCAGAAGAUGCUGAGAGAGUAAGCAAGGUGCUCCAUUCUGUUUUGUACACCUACAUCAUGAGGGGUGAAUUAGGUAAAGCCGUGGACUUUGUAGACUCUCUAGUUGUCCAGGGCAACGUUUCUGACUCGAUUCUGGACCACCAGCUGCCUGCUAGUGGACCGGGGCGAGAAAAGCCCCCACUCAUGACCAUAGUUUACGACUCCAUGAAGAGAGAGCCUUACGGGGGAGAACACCAAGUCCCUUGUAUCAGGGAUCGGGGAGUGAGACAGCUGGUUCAGAGCAUGGCCCGAUUCAUGGCAGCCUACUUUACCAAUGAGACCCUGUACAUAUUCCCUCCCCAUAGUCCUCAGCCACUUCCCUCCAUCCACCUGGGGGCAAAAAUCAAAGACAGCCGAAUCAUUCCUAAGUACCAUGACAACAUUAACUCCCAGAUAACUAAGGAGGGACUGAGUCGAGUGUGGACGACAGAGCGGGCCCUAGAGUACCUGUUACUGAGUGGUCUGGUGUGUGAAGCCGCCUGGUUCGCUGAUCAGAUGGGGGACUGGAAAGUAGGAUUCCUCCUCUCAGUGGCCUGUACUCAACACAGAAGUAUUGCCCCCCAGGUGUAUAAAAAAAAGAAGAAGCCAUUAGAAAUCCCGCACUUCUUAGAGCCAGCCUCCCUCCUACAGAAAAAGUUAGAAUCUCUUGUCCACCUCCACAGAAGAGGGGGGCAGAAAGGAAGGGCAGAGCAGGAAGCUCACAAUGAAGGUUUUAUUCCAAUAAGUAAUGAAACAAACAUCAUCCAGUUGUCUAGAACGAUGGAAGACAUCAUGACAGCAGGGAUUAUGAGUGGUGUGGAGGUGGUACCCUGGCUUUUGACAACCCUUGUCCACCGCCUGAUGGACACAGUGGCUCAGUUGUCCCCCUUAGUCCCCCAGGAUUUUUAUCUCCCUUCCCCUCCCCUCUACUGCCCCCAGCCGGCAGACACAGAAAAGGAUAAGAGAUCAGCCGAGGUACAGGGGGAGAGUGCCCUGAGGUUCCAGGCUUCCUCUUUGAUUCAGCUGAUCCUGAUCGUCCUGAACAGUGCUCACAUCUCCCUCCCCGUCACCCGCUGGUACAUACAGGAGCUCAACAAUGUCCAGGAAAGGGCCGCUCAGUUCAAGUCUACCACAGAGGGGCCUUGUUUGGAGUUUCCAGAGGUCUUACAACAGUUUAAGGAGGUGGAAUCCUCACUGAGAGCUUACCUAGACGAGGAUGCUGUAAAACAAGUCCUCCUGGGAUUUAGAGACUUCUGUUCACUGUUAUGGCUCCUCCAUGUUCGCGAUAAACUGUCAUUUAAUUUACGCAGCCGUGAAAAAUACCUCAAUGAUGUCAACUAUCAGGAUUAUUUAAGGGAGAGCUGGGAAUCCAAAGAGGGUGAAAAAUGGAACAAAGAGUGCUUCACAACGCUUCAGUGGGCCGUUCACAUGCUGACCUUCAGUCGCUUUCUCUCUGAUGAGGGAUGCAUCUACAAGGUCAUCUUGUCCCUCCUGUUGGAAUUCCCCCCUUCAGAGGACACAGCAGACAUCUUGGCAGAGCAUUUUUAUGACAUUGAGAUUCUGGAUGCUGAGGUGCAGGAGAAAUUGGAGAAAUUCCUCAAUGACUGGCAGGCUGUGUUUAUAGAACCAGAGGAUGAUGGGAAAUCAGCUAAACCAGAGCAGGAGGAGGACGAUGAAAAUGAUGGGAGAAAAUCGGUCACGUUUUACCAGGCUUCACCCAGAGGGCAGUCACUGUCUAUAUACUUUUCCAAGCAGUGUGAAGCAGUUCUUAAAGUGCUCAAAAAGAAGAGGAAGGUGUUUGGAGCUUUUGAGGAGUUUGUAUUUGACAGUAGUGGUAGAAUGCCAGCUGGGAGUCUUACAUCUAGUCUGCCUCAAGAAAUGCUAGGAUUCUGCAUUGGGUCCAGACCUUUUGAGACAAAACUAUCUUACUUAGAGUUCUUGGACACAUUCUGUGCCAUCUCUUUCAUAAAGGUAGAGGAUUUUGAGAAACAAAGCACUGUAAAACCUUUCCCACUUCUCAUGCCUUUUGCAGAAGAUAUCUGCUCCAAGGAGUUUGAAGAUCUGGAUAAAAUCAGCAAACCCAGUGAUGUGAAGACAAACUUAGUGGUGAUGUCUUCUCCAGGAAGAGUAGAUAGAAGUCAGAAUGUUGGGUCAGCAGAACAAUUGGCUUCACCUUCACAGGCCAAGGCCAAGCUGACAAACCUAGCAUCCAAGUUUUACCAGUCAGAGGAAGCUUUGUACAGAGGUCAGGAUGUUGGUAGUGAAAACCUAUGGUCGGUUGAGGCAGAUUUUGGCUCCAGAUAUGCCCGCCUUCAGAAGUGCUUGGACUGGUUAGCUGUGUGGUGCAAAAAGCAGCAUUCAUUGGGACUUCAGUGGAAAAGUGAACAAGACUUGGAGUUCCGACCAACCAUGAAGAUUGAUGUUUCACCACGCCUUGUGGUUCUGGCACUAUGGCUACUAGAGAAUAAGUAUAGUACUGCUCGGAAAUCUGCAACAAAGAGUAUGACCCUGAGGGAAAGUAGAAAAACAGCAGACCGACAGUCUUUAGAUAAUCUUCUUGUGCAAGUGAACUCAGAAGUGACAGGGGCAUUACAGAAGAAAACUCGGAGACCAAGGCGGAGAGCUGAUCAUCCAAUCAGAACCAGUUUAGACCAGGAACCAGACCAAGACGCCAGUCAGAUGCACUCAGCAUACGAGGAAUUAUUAAAUGGCAAGGAUGAAAGCAGUUCUCUCGAAGUUAGCUCUCUUGAUCAAGAGGCUUUUACAAGAGAGUUUCAAGCCACAACUUCGCAUAUCAAAACAGGAAGCAGACCAAACUCCAGGGAAAGAUAUAUUGAAUACGAGGAUUCCUACAGAAAUAUAGACAUAGAUAAACAGUUCUCCAGUAGAAAAACCCCAAGCAGACAGAAUUCUACAAAUGGCAGUGAAUCUCUCAGGCAAUCAACAUAUGAUGAAAGCAGACGGUCUAGGGAUAGAAGGAGUUCUGGGAGAAGGUCACCACAGGUCAGAGGUCAAUCUCCCAGUCACAGAGGUCAACCUAGUCAUGUCUACCAGCAAGAAUAUCAGAGACAACCGAACUCCUCUGUUCCAGGCAACUUGGCUUCUGAAAUCCAAUUCAUCAUCAGAGGGGAGCUAAGAAAGAUGAUGGAGGCACAACAUAGAAGCAUGAUGGCUAUGAUGGGAGCUUUAGAGGACCCAGUGGAGGAACCAGUGACUCCUCAGAGACAGUCUGCAUAUCACAGUCCUCCAGGAAGGAACGACACCAGGAACACCAUGGUCCUAGAGGAGCUAGAAACCACUGAGGACAGGAGGAGGGCAAGGAGGAGAUCACCCAGAAGGAGACAGGAUUCCCCAGAGGACCAAACUAGACAUCAGAUACGGAGAAACAGGUCCCAAGAAAGAUUCCAAAGAACUGCAGAAGAUCCAGAUUUUAUUCCACGAUAUCUCAGAGUGGAGGCAGAGAGAGAUAUUGAGGAAGAGCCAUUCAGAUUGCCUCCCAUUCCAAUGCCAGCGUGGGCUGAGGAGUCACAGAGGCCUUUACAGGAGGACCAGUAUGACAUCCCUCUGCUUCACCUGGGCAGGGGUGGUGCUCCUCCCAUGGUAUAUACAGAACCACACAGGGCAUCUGACUACAAUGUGUCUCACUUCUCCCCUAGUCCAGCAUCUCACCCCCCUCCCUCAUAUCAAGAGAGCUUCUUCAUUCCACCUGUUACUCAGAAACCUGAGAGCCAACCCCAGGCAGUGCCCCAGUCCAUUGAAAUGCCUCUGCUGAAAUUAAUUCCAGAAGACAAGCCUUUCCUAGGGUCCCAGAAUGCCUCUAAUUUUGGUCGCUUGCUGGAUCCAGCUUUGCUUGUGGCUCAUGAACAGGAAUUACAGCAAAAGGAAACCCUGAAGUACAGGCAUGCCAGGGAGUUUUUCCAACAGCAGGUGGAAAAUCUGGAAGAAAUGGAGCAGAGGCAGCUAGGAAGUCAAUUGUUACAGGCUGAUUUACAUGCCCCGAGGCAGAAAGUGGAGGCUGAAAUGGAUAGGUCUCUCAGGAGAAGAAAAACCAGGACAACCAAAAAAGAGGAAUCUGAGAAAGCUUCCUCUGAGUCUCCAGAAUCUGUUAAAGAGGAAAUGUCCAAAGAGGCGGAAAGAUCUGAAGGGGACGUGACAGAGAAAUCCGACACAGGGGAGGAGCAAGAGGAGGAGGAGGGCAUCCAUGACGGAUACGCCAUCCAACCAGGUGCCUUUGAGAAUUACCUGCAUAUGAAUGAGGGGGAUUUUGAGGCCGAUACUAAUGCCAGGGUUCAGUUCAGGACAGCCAUGCUGAUGAAGGAACAGUUGGCCAAAGAAAAGAAAGAGAGAAGAAAGAAGGUGGACUUUGCCACUAUGACAAAGAACUAUGAGGAUGCUCAGAUUGAGACAGGAGCUUCAUUAGAAAUAGACAGUAUCAGAACAGCGGAGGUGGCUACAUCAAUUACCAAGGACACAGGUGUGGAUCCAAUUCAGGAAGCCAUUAUGGAAUACAACAGAAGUCGGCAAGGGAGGGCACUGCCCCCAGACAUUUUCCUUGGACUGCGAUUUGCUGAUGCUAAUGGCCAACCACCUGCUCCAGAUGUACAUCAAGGGGAAAGACCUAAAGGCCGGUCCUAUAUUAAUGUUGUGGAUUUAGACGCCUCGGCUGUACUUCAUGACCUUGGCAAACUGCCAGAGAAAGAGGAUAAGCAAGGUGAUGACCUAAGUUUGGCUCCUCAGUCGGUUACCAUGGCAACAGCUCAAGGUCGUAACCUUGAAGAACUUGAGGAAUCAAUGAGAGAUGCACUGAGACCCACUCCAGCUCCUGUGGAACGUCCAUUUAAACAGGAUUCAGUCACAGUCAGCAUGUUUGAAUCUCAUGUUCCACACCAUAACAGAGUAUCUGUGGCGGUGAUGCCAAGAGACAGCGUGGAGGGAUCCAGAGGAGCGGUCAUUGAGCGACUCAGGGAUAUGGGCAGACAUAUGUCCGCUAUUGACCAAAUGGCAGCUAAUAUUGAAAAAGACUUCCAUAGUACAAGACUGAUGCUGAACACUCUUGAUACACUUACUAAUGUUGAAGACACCAGACCAGAGGCAGAAAAGGACAAAGAGCCUGUACCAACUCCCAAAUCCUCCCGCAAAACUGUACGUACACCCAAAUCCUCCAGAAAAUCCCCCACCCCAAGGACCGGGAGAUCGACACAAAGGACACUACCUACCACUUCUAGUCUAGAGGAGGAAAAAGAAGGUACUGGGGAGCUGGUUAAGAUGUCUGGGUUGAGUGGAAUCAGUGACAUCAUAGGAGAGAUGGUGGAGAAGGGAGACAUUGACCUGGAGGAAGCUGGAUUUACAGAGAAUGAGGCGCUGAAACUGGCGGAACGAAUAAAAACUAGUGCCAGGACGGAUCACACAGAGGAGGAAAGGGAGAGAAUCCGACAUAGUCUGGAGAUUCUAGAGAGGAUGUCCAGGGCUCCAGACAGCAGAGAGGAGGAACAGAGAAGACUGGAAGAAAAGGAACAACUGAGGGCAUGGAUGAUAGAAAAACGUCACGAGAGGAUGGAGGAAUACAAAAAAUACAGAUUUGAGCUCAGGGAACAUGAGAGGAGACCCUUUAAACCAGACUCUAGUUCUAAUUUUAAGGGAACAUUCAAAGUGUCAGAGAAGGGGGCAACAGGGAAAGAAAACAUGCAGAAAAGACUCCGAGAGGCACAGGAAUUACUGGGAGACAUAUUAACAGACAAACCAGAGCUCCCCCCAGAGUUACCAGCCAGAGAAAGAAGUCCCAGGCGUAAGACAUCCAGAUCUCCUCCCCGGGAGAGAAUCCUACACAAGACUUCCCCAGUCCGAGACCGCAGCCCUAAGGUCAGCAGUUCACGGCCAGUGUACAGACCCCCCAGUCCUAAGAGGCACCAGACCGUCAGAAUAUCAGCCGAGGUAGAGAAACUGGAGUACGACGACAUGUUAGAUGAGGCUGAGGAGAUUGUACAGAUACAGCCAAUCAGACCCCCCGUGAGGAGGGCGCCGAGUCCUAAGUCACCUACCAGACAGGUGCCCAGGCUAAGGCUAGUGGAUUCUGACGAGUUCCUUCAGAGGACCGGGGAAACAACAGGUGAGAUCUCAGCAUAUGCAAGAGCUGUGGAAAGCAUGGAGGCCAGCCAGGAUAUCACUGUGAGGGACAGGGAACCAGAGAAGCAAGAACCAGUCAAGGUGUACAAACAAAAGUCAUUCAAAGACAUGGUGAGGUUACAGAGGCCAGAGGUCACCAGGAAAGCUGCUCGGAUCCAGGUGUCAAGGGAACAUGUGUGGGAGGAAGAACCUAAGGAGGUUAAAAAGUCAGAGAAAGAAACUGUACCCAAGGCAAAGGAGCCAAUAAAGCAGGAGAUGGAAAGGGAACCAACUGACAGAACCAGUCAAGAUCAGCUGACUGUUCAAGAGUCAAAGAAAAUGGUAACUCCAAGGAGGGUGAAAACUUAUGCUGAAAGGCUUAAAGACAUGCGAGAAAACCAGCCUAAAUUUAGCACACCAAUUGUUCCUAGAGUGCAUGCACCGCCAGCAAAAACUACAACAGUACAGAGGAAGCCUGUAGGACCGUCCCACAAACCCAAGACCUAUGUGGAACAGUUGCAGCAGCUAAAUCCAGGCAGCAAGACACGAUUAAGAACACCUGGACCAAGAACAGUUCAAGGUCACACAUUCCUUAAGUCCCACAAACCUCUACACAAACCAAAGACAUAUGUACAGCAGCUUAAGAACAUACAGGCUCCAUUUAAAGAACAUCCCAAACCAAAGAGGGUAGUGGCAGCCAGAGGUCAGGUACGUCCCCGACCUUAUGCUGACCCCUACAAAGACCAGUGGGAUAGAGAAUCGGUGCUCAGUGAUUGGUCAGUGGAUGAUAAUGUCAAACGUCUGCUCUAUGAUGAGGAUGAACGCUCAACAAUGUAUGGCAGAGCAUCAAAUACUGGAAUCUCAAUGGACUACACAAUAUCGGAAGGUGUCUCUGAUUAUUACGAUGCUGUGAUGGAUGAUGAGUAUUUAGGAUCUGUAGAUAUUGACGAGAUCGCCCAAAUAGCAGACGCGGCAUCAGUCAGGAGUGGGAGCGUCAUGAGUGUCAUUGAUUGGGACGCAGUGGAAGAUCUCAUAGCAGACGUCAAAUAAUAUACAACUCGGAGGAUUAUUUCAGGAUGGGAGGGGGGGUUGCAUUUAUUAUGAAUCUUUAGUUAAGUUAUAU